AAUGCCUAGCCCAGAUAAGUGGCCUGACACUGGUCUGAAUCCGAUACAUCCUCCAACAGAGACAAUUUUACCUGGAAGGCCUAAAAAGUCUAGAAACAAAGAGGCAGAUGAACCACCACCUACUACUGCAACAAAGGCUAGGAGAGUUGGCCAAGUUAAUCACUGCAGCAAUUGCAAGCAAACAGGCCAUUCACGAGUAACAUGCAAGAAUGCAACUAUGGAGCCUGCAAGGCAAAAAAAGAGAGGAAGACCACCAUCUCAGAAUCCUACUACUGAAACUAUUAAAAGGAAGGAGCGAGCUAAGAGACAGAAGCAAAGGAAUGGUGGUUCCACAUCUCAGACCAACUAAGAAGCUACUCUUUAAUCUU